UCUGGAGAGGAGGCACGCGCGCUCGUGUCCGGUUGCCAGCCUCGCGGACGCAGUGAGGGUUCCACAGCCCGUCGGGUGCGCACGCGCCUGCGACCGCUCUCGCCGGUUCCAAAUAAAGAGAAAACUUUUGACGGGAUUUUGAGCGGAUAGCAAUACAGGAGCCACACUCCCGCGCGCCUGAUAGCACUGUGAUUCUCCUUUUUUACCCCCAACGAUGGAAAGAGAAAUGUAUUUUUCUGAAGCACAACGACUACCGUCCAAAUGAGGUACUUUUGAGAAGUGCGCGUUCACACGAGUCAGGUACCCGGCGACCCCGUACCCGUUUGCACUAUGAUGGAGACGCCCCCGUGCUCGCGGAAGAGCCUGUCGCUGUCGCUGCCGGUCCCGCGCGAGGGACAAGCCACUUUGAAGCCCCCGCAGCACCUAUGGCGGCAACCGCGCACCCCCAUCAAGAUCCAGCACCGCGGCUACUCGGACACGGACCGCCACCACCACCCGCACAUGGAGCGCGCCAACGCCGUGGACACGAGCGAUCGGCCGGGCCUCAAGAAGACCCGCAUGUCAUGGCCCUCCUCUUUCCAGGGCACGAGCAGCGCGUCCGUCGGCAACUGCGUGGGCAACAAACGGUUCGACGUGGAGAAUGGCCCCUCCUCAGGCCGCAGCCCCCUGGAUUCGCAGGCGAGUCCAGGCCUGGUGCUGCAUCCCUCUUUCCCCCAGAGUCAGCGCCGCGAGUCCUUCCUCUACCGCUCGGACUCCGACUACGACAUGUCCCCCAAAACCAUGUCCCGAAACUCCUCCGUUACCAGCGAGGGACACACGGAGGACCUCAUCGUCACCCCGUUCGCACAGGUGCUGGCCAGCCUGCGAACGGUGCGGAGCAACUUCACCAUCCUGGCCAACGUCACCACGCCCACCAACAAGAGGUCACCGCUGGGAAGCACACCUACGGUUCCCAAGGCAACGCUUUCAGAGGAGACCUACCAGCAGCUUGCGAGGGAGACACUGGAGGAGCUGGACUGGUGCCUAGACCAGCUGGAGACUAUCCAGACACACCGCUCCGUCAGCGACAUGGCCUCUACCAAGUUUAAGAGGAUGUUGAACCGAGAGCUCUCCCACCUGUCAGAGAUGAGUCGCUCUGGGAACCAGGUGUCCGAGUAUAUCUCCAACACCUUCCUGGACAAGCAGAACGAGGUGGAGAUCCCGUCACCCACGCAGAAGCAGCAGGACAAGCCCAUGUGCCACAUCAGUGGCGUGAGGAAACUUCAGCGCAGCUCUAGCGUGUCCAACUCGACGGCGCCCCGUUUUGGGGUACAGACGCAGCAGGAGGAGGCGCUGGCACAAGAGCUGGAUGACUUGAAUAAGUGGGGUCUGAACAUCUUCCGCGUGGCCGAGUACUCCAACAACAGACCUCUCAGCUGCAUAAUGUACGCCAUAUUCCAGGAAAGGGACCUGCUGAAGACCUUUCGCAUCCCGGUGGACACCUUCAUGACCUACGUGAUGACUCUGGAGGACCACUACCACGCCAACGUGGCAUACCACAACAGCCUGCACGCCGCUGAUGUCACGCAGUCCACGCAUGUGCUGCUCUCCACACCGGCGCUCAACGAGGUCUUCACUGAUCUGGAGAUUCUUGCUGCUUUGUUUGCUGCUGCCAUACAUGAUGUGGACCACCCUGGAGUCUCCAAUCAGUUCCUCAUCAACACCAACUCUGAGCUGGCGCUGAUGUACAACGAUGAGUCAGUCCUAGAGAACCACCACCUUGCUGUGGGCUUCAAGCUGCUUCACGAGGAGAACUGCGACAUCUUCCAGAACCUCUCCAAGAGGCAACGACAGACCUUGCGCAAGAUGGUCAUCGACAUGGUGUUGGCCACAGACAUGUCCAAACACAUGAGUCUGUUGGCUGAUCUGAAGACCAUGGUGGAGACGAAGAAGGUGACAAGUUCAGGAGUGCUGAUGCUGGACCACUACACAGACCGCAUACAGGUGCUGAGGAACAUGGUGCACUGUGCGGAUCUUAGCAACCCCACCAAGCCACUGGACGUGUACCGUCAGUGGACUGAGCGCAUCAUGGAGGAGUUCUUUAGACAAGGGGACAAGGAGCGCGAGCGGGGAAUGGAGAUCAGUCCCAUGUGCGACAAACACACUGCUUCUGUGGAGAAGAGCCAGGUGGGUUUCAUUGACUACAUCGUCCAUCCCCUGUGGGAGACAUGGGGAGAUCUGGUGCACCCUGAUGCCCAGGAAAUUCUGGACACGCUGGAGGACAAUCGGGACUGGUACCAGAGCACCAUCCCCCAGAGUCCGUCACCUCCACCAGACAUUAGCGACCAGCAGCUGGAAUCCUGUCUGGACAAAUUCCAGUUCCAGCUAACCCUAGAUGAGCCGGGCCACAACCACCUGGGGGAGGACUGCUGUCCGGAGGAGGAAGUCAUGGAAGAGGUCAUGGAAGAGGAGGGAGAGGACGAGGCCAGCCGACCGCCCCAGUCUGAGCCCACAGGGACAGUGGUGGAGAACACGCAUUCUGACGGCAGUCCUGAGGAAGAGGAGGUGUCUUCCUCGCCUGCCGAUGACUCUUGAGGACUACGCCCCCACCCCCCACCCACAAAUCCUGAAUCCUGCUUCCGAGGACCAGGGGAACCAGGCAGUACCCCUAAUUUUGGUCUGUGACCCCGCUCAUUUAGAGAAUGGAAAAAAAACAAUAACAAAGACAGAAGAGAAAAAAAACACUAUUUUUUUCAAAAAGGGAAAAACAAUAAUAUUGUUAAUAUAAUAUAAUAAUAUAGAAAUGUUAUUUACACAGAAACUGUAGGAAUAAUAUUAAUAACAGAAAUGUUAUUUACACAGAAACUGUAGAAAUAAUAUUGCUAAGAGAAAUUUUUUUACACUGAAACUGUAGACUUGGAAGGGGUCUUGAGCGCCUCCUGCAGGCAUUAUAAGGAAGAGCCGAAAAUGAAGGUGUCGGAGGACCUUGUUCUUAAGGGUUACUGAAGACAUUCUAGUGCACUGGAAAUAAUGGAUACACAUGCAGUACACACACACCCAUCAAGCAAUACUGAUCUCACACGCACGCGUGCGCACACACACACACACACACACACG